AAUCUAUAUAUAGACUCUUUGUUAAUCAACAUUUUACACAACCUACUCAAAUCUCAUGGCUCCUCCGGUUCCUCAACAUUUCCUUCUGAUAUUCAUAAUCCUCCUCUGUUCUAGUAUCUUAUCAGUUCAAUCUACAGUUCCGAGAAAUAAAACUUUCAGAUUCGUAAACCAAGGUGCAUUUGGAGGAUUUAGUGCAGAGUAUUUGGCGAAUUACCGUGCCGUUAAAGCCGUUUAUAAAAACCCGUUCGGACUGUAUUUCUAUAACUCAACUCCUAAUGCAUAUAGUCUUGCCAUAGGCGCCGGUCCUCCUAACGCCGAAUCAACGAUGCGUUGGGUUUGGGAAGCUAAUCGUAACGACCCUGUUCAUGAAAAGGCUACUCUCACUUUCGGCAGUAACGGUAAUUUAGUCCUUGCGGAUUUUGAUGGCCGUGUAGUUUGGCAGACCAACACAGCCAACAAAGGUGUUACUGGUAUUUCCAUGCAGCCUAAUGGGAAUUUAGUACUUCAUGAUAAAAAUGGGAAGUUUGUUUGGCAGAGUUUCGAUCAUCCUAGCGAUACCCUUUUGAGAGGUCAGUCGCUUAAGCUCGACGGUGGCAAGAAACUUGUUAGUCGCGCCGCUGAAAAAGAUAGCCGGGAUGGUCUUUACAGUAUUCAGAUGGACACAAAAGGGUUCAUAAUGUACAUAAACGAUUCAGAUUUCUUACUUCUAUAUGCCGGUUGGGAUGCUCCGGGGCUUUCAAGUGUAAAAUUCGAUUCCGUUCAUGGAGAUCCUCUUACGACUAGUCAUGUUCUAAAGCUGGGUUUUGCAAAACCUGCCACUCCCUCUGAAAAAGUCAUAGUACUUGAGAAAAUCAAUUACAAUCAUGCGUAUACAUUUCUCCGGUUAGAAUCCGACGGGAACCUGAGAGUUUAUGCCUACUCUACACAACUGGGAUGGAGUAAGAGUUAUGCGUUUUUCGGAGAUACCGUGCAAGAAUGCACAUUGGAAUCAAAAUGUGGUUCAACUGCGUUCUGUGACCCAGAUAUAUGUGCCUCUUGCCCAUCUAUGGUUGAGUUGGGUUGUAUGUUCACUCCAUGAACAACUGUAUAGCUUAGCCAGUCGAUUAGAGGCUGGUUUGUACUUUCGAAAAUAUCAAUAAAUUGUAUCCAAUCGCCUUAAGCGCACUCUCCAGCUCUCUGCCAACACACUCCUUUAUACAACACUUCAAUCAGUUCUCCAUGAACUCUUACUUCGA